AAGUUGCGCAUGGGCCCUGGAAGGAAGCGAGACUUUUCCCCAGUUCCAUGGAGCCAGUACUUUGAAUCUAUGGAAGACGUGGUGGUUGAAAAUGAAACUGGCAAGGAUACUUUUCGAAUUUACAAAAGUGGAUCGGAGGGCCCGGUUUUGCUCCUGUUGCAUGGAGGAGGCCAUUCUGCACUCUCCUGGGCUGUGUUUACAUCUGCGAUCAUUAACAGGAUUCAGUGUAGGAUUGUGGCUUUAGAUCUCAGAGGUCAUGGUGAAACCAAAGUCCGGAAUCCUGAAGACCUGUCUGCAGAAACAAUGGCGAAAGAUAUUGGAAAUGUGGUGGAAGCUAUGUAUGGAGAUCUGCCUCCUCCAAUCAUGCUAAUUGGGCACAGCAUGGGUGGAGCCAUUGCUGUACACACGGCAGCAUCCAAUUUGGUGCCAAGUUUAUUGGGCCUUUGCAUGAUUGACGUAGUGGAAGGCACAGCCAUGGACGCGCUGAACAGCAUGCAGAAUUUCUUGAGGAGUCGUCCCAAAACAUUCAAGUCGCUUGAGAAUGCAAUUGAAUGGAGUGUGAAAAGUGGACAGAUCAGAAAUCUCGAAUCUGCCAGAGUUUCUAUGGUUGGCCAAGUCAAGCAGUGUGAAGGGGCUGCCAGUCCUGAGGGCCCCAAAACCAUAGUGGAGGGGAUAAUAGAGGAGGAGGAGGAGGAAGACGAGGAAGGAGGAGGAUCCGUUAAUAAACGGAAGAAGGAAGAUGACACAGAGACAAAGAAGGAGCACCCAUACACAUGGCGAAUCGAACUGUCGAAAACAGAAAAGUACUGGGAUGGGUGGUUUAGGGGAUUAUCUAACCUCUUCCUUGGUUGUCCUACUCCAAAGCUGUUGCUUUUAGCAGGCGUUGACAGGCUGGAUAAAGACCUAACGAUUGGACAGAUGCAAGGAAAGUUUCAGAUGCAAGUUCUCCCCCAGUGCGGCCAUGCAGUCCAUGAGGAUGCUCCGGACAAGGUUGCUGAAGCUGUUGCAACUUUCUUGAUCCGGCACAGGUUUACAGAACCAAUCGGUGGAUUCCAGUGUGUGUUUCCUGCCUGUUAAUACCCUGACAUUCUCCAGCACUGAGCUCCGUUGUAAAUAAACUGCACCAGAGGCCACUGUGACGUAUCCAUACCCUUUCCAUCCACCCAGUUCAGCAACAAUGAGAAAUUGGUGUGAGAUUCAUUCUGUAGAACUAGUUUCUCCGAGGCGUGUCAAUGGCUAGGAGUGUCCUUGCCAGGAGGCAGCUCAUACCCAAGACCUUGCAAGGCAUGUUCUGUCUCUGGGAAGUGGGCUCCGCUCUGCUGCUUCAAGGAAAGGUGACCUGACAUCCCAAUUGGUACAGCAUCUCUCUUCUCCCCAUGAACUCUCAGGCUUUGUUGAACAGUCGUAUUGAAAUGCCUCCUGGGAUGGCUUUGGUUUUAUGUGGGCAGACCCUGAAGGGUGUCACAUCAAAUCCAAAGGCUUCCCACAUUCCUCUGGAGCUAUCACUGAAAUGCCCCCUGGGAUGGCUUUGGUUUUAUGUUUCCUUUUUAAGCAUGUAAAGAGCCAGCUUCUUCAAGAGCUGAGGGUUUCCUUUUACCAAGGCCAGUCUUAAGAUAAAGCUGGGGGUGGGGGGAUUGAUUGGACUGAGUUUCCCUUCCUUUUCAGUUCUGCUGCAAGCAGCACUGUAGAUGUGGGACCUUGAUGACCCCAGCUCCAUCUGCACUUUUAUUUCACUCCUAGGUUCUCUGGGGAAGGAAAUGGCCUCUGUAACUCAUUCUCUGACAGACGCUUAUGGAGCAGUGGCUGUGGGCUGCUUUAUAUAUAGGGGAAGGCAAAACAGGACCAGUAAUUUGUGAUCUGUCACGGACAGACUAAAACCUAUUCUCUUCCUGAGGAGUUUCUGCUUUCUUUCUGCAUGUGACUGAGCAGAGGCUGGGGCCCUGGGCACCUUCUGGAGGAGAAGAUGCAGAGGGGGCAGUGGAUGGGCUGCUGAGCUGGAGGACAACAGAAGGAGACUAAGGCUGGGGGGUUAAAUCACACUGCCACUCUGAUGCUGGGGCCUGAGCAGCUGUUUGCCAUGUGUGUAUGCACGUGUGGUCCUGCACAGUGUGUUGUGGGGAAAUCGCUCUUUGCUGGAUGUUCGUUAGCACCAUCAAUCUGCUUCUGUGUUUCCUUUGUAAAUGCAGUAGCUGAACAGAGCGCUUGUCUUCCAGGCGCAGAGUGGCCUGGAUUGGCUUGAAUUCUUCUCUCCUCGGAAAUCCGUCUUGGAAGCAGUAGACAUGGGGUACCAGGAGCCUUUUGUCACAUGGGCAUCCUUGGGCUAAUAAGAGAGGUCAUUGAUCCUUAACCCUUUCAUGCUGGGGGGCAAACAUUCUUCCAGUGACACUGCACGGCAGCGUAAAACUAUUGCUGCCAGGGUAAAUCUAUCCCUACUGUGAUAGCUGGCUGCCAAUGUUUCCUGGGACGAGAACCAUAAUAAAUCCUUUUGCAUUUGUAAGAUGCUGGUUAGGGCAAGGGCAGAUGGUACGAAGAGCAGGUAGCACUUGGUUGAGCAUGAGAGGACUUCUGCUCCCUUCCUCCCACUGGCUGUGUGAGCACUGGACUCAUCAGCUGUGCCCUCACUGGGUCCCCCCCACCCCCGCCUGCACACAUCUGAGCACAAAAUCUCUGGACUUGAAGCUGGGCUGUCCCGUUCCAGCUGGGCUCUGCAUUUUCUGCUUACUUCAGCUGCUCAGGCUCAGGUACUAAAGAAGCAAUGUUUUGCUCCCUGUCUUGGCGUCCCUCCCCCUUACUGCUGACUGCACAGUCCUGCUUCUCAGUAACACCCCCCAGCCUGGUCCAUUCUGAAUUUGGCUUGGGAGUAUUGUGGUUACCCAUCACUUGGAAUCUAUUUCAGCUAGAAAGCGAGCUUUCCUCUCACCCAUGCCUGUAGCUCAGUCUUGCAAGAGUCUCUUCAGAGGGCUAUAGUUGCCUGGUCCUUGACACGGGUAGGAAGUAAAGCUAUUGCCAUGGGGUGCUGACCAGAGGUCUUGACUCACAAAGCCUGGGCCUCAUUGCAAACUUGCAAACAGUCCAGUUCAUGCAUGUGCCCAGAUACCUUGUGGAAUCUGGUCCUGGGUGAUUAGAGCAGCCAGAGUCCGGGAACACCACAUUCACCUCUAGUGCCGGCCUCUCCACUCAAGCUUUUGAGAAGACAAAAUCCCUUCCACUUAGCCGUUCCCUUAGGCACCACAUGAGAAGCAAGUGACUUUGUCUCUAUGCACUGUGCCAUUGACUCCCAGAAGUAUUGUUUGUUGUUGCAUUGUGACAGUAGUGAUGAAAAAUAAAUACUUUCCAGCCUCUUGUGGAGCUCUCCAAGCUCUGACUUGCGGCAGUGCACGUCCUCGCUGGCAUCUGAACCAAGCUGAUGAAAAACAGACUCCUGCCUUCAUCACUGUAGCAUGGGGGCGGGUUAUUUUUUCGCAGAUUUGGGAGAACUCAAUGAAUUUUUGUGAGCCUGCCACGGCACGAAGAAACCUUGCUGCUAUUUUCUUAGCGACGUUCUGCAAUAAGUCGUAAAUAAGUCCACUGCUACAGAUGGAGGUGUAUUGUGAUAAGAUAAAAAUGCAAACUGCAGGGACAAAUACUGCACAAUGACAAAAGGAAAAUAGGUCUCAGUUGGGAAGCUGAUUAAACGGGGAGGGGGAUCAGGGAAAUCCUUCUCACCUGCAGUCUCGCACUCUCACAAUGCUGAUUCCAAUUCCUGUAUUAACUGCAGGUAUCAGAGGAUGGGUAUGCUGAUGAAAAGUACCAUUUUUAUAUUGCAUCUUUUCUUAAGCAAUCUCCCUUGUCUCCAACUAGUGUUAGAUAGAACAUCAAUAAAACAUUUAACAAAGGAAAAAUUGGCUUGUGAGAAGCAGAAGGUAGGGAGUCUGGUUAAUUUAAUUUUUUUUCCAUGUCAAACUUUAAUAAAUCAAGACCAAUUUUGCCAACUCCCAGGUUCCUUGAACCAAACUGAAGAGGCCAAGUGACAUGUUGGUCCCCGUAUCAGUGGACCGAUUAAACAAGUCCUCCUGCUCUUGCAGAAAGGUGCAGUUUUGUUUUGUUCCUGAGAAUACAGAGCUCAAUGGAGCUCACUUGUACAAUGUACAGCAGUCACUUUAAUCUGGCGUUUGGAAAUACUGGCGUCUUAUGAAAGCUGAACCUCCCGUUGAUGUUGUUUGUUGCUUGUUGAAUUGCGUUGCCAUAUGAUGCUUGCUCUUCUGUUCAAGGCUUGUCUCUGCCUUUUCCACUCAACCUCGCCUGGUCACCCACUUAGACACUGUGGAAGGGGAUCAGACGUGAGCCAGCUCAAAUGUUCCUGUCCAUUGUACUGUUCUGGGUGGCUUUUGUAAGAAUCAAGUGCUACAGUGCAGAUCUAGAGCACAGUGGAAUGCAGUGACCAUGCAAACUGCUAGCAGGAGAACCCGCAAAGCAGGUCGGACUUGCUUUAAGUAUGGCCUGUUUGGGGAAUAUUGGCAGCGGUAAUUGCCAUGGCUCCAGGAGCAGCAGCGAUUAACACUGCCACUGAUUUUCUGGACCUGUAGCAAGCUCCACAUGCCUCACUGGACACAUGCACCCAGAUGAGCUCUAGCCACAGCAGGUUUGCAUUUGCUUUUGCUUUGCAAAGCUGAGCUCAACUCGGAAAGCUAAGGGGCUGGCUCGGGGGUGCCAACCCUCCGGGUUUUACCAAUGAUGCCUGCGUUAGCGGGAGUGAAAUUGCUGCUGUCUGCUCUCCAUUUGGCACCUGGGAACUGACCCAGUUCUUUGUCUCUCCUGCAUCAAGUUGGGAACCUCAGUAGUUGGGCUAAGAGUUGAACUGGGGUAUUACAGAAUAAUCUGCCCCCUCACCCCCUUCUGGGUCACCCCAGGGUGGCAUUGGAGCACAGUAUCCUGGCAGGAUGGGGAAUGCUUGUCCCUGUGCUAGUCCGCCUGUUUUUGACACCCCAAAGCAGAGCAGCAAGAUCAGGAGUUUCCAUUUGAGGCUGUUCUGGUUCAUUGGUGCAUGCAGUGAGCACAUCCUCUGGUGACAUCACCGCUGCUGUGGCUUUAAAUAGAUGCUUUUAGAGAUCGGAGGAAAGCACCAAGUGAAUUCAGGGGUGGAAAAGAAUUGAACCAAUGCACGUGCUGAAUCCUGCCCACAAAGUGACCUGUUGGGGGGCGAUCAGCACAUUGCUUCUUGCUCUGGGCCGCUGUCGCCUUACACUGUUUCUAAUGCGAAUCAAAAAGCUCUGGGCGUGGAGGGUGCUGCAGAUUCUCAAAAGCAUCGAACCCUAAACACCCUCCCCAUAGUGUUCAGGUGGCUCUGAGCACUCCUGAUGAUCUGGCACUUUGGUAUUUGCUUCACAUAAGGCCAAAAUGAGCAUAGGUUUGUCAGGGAUGAUUGUGACCUCUUGGCCUUGCCAUGGCCUACCCCAUCUAUCUCCCUGAGCCGGGUGCCCCUCUUCUGCGCACCAAGCUGCCUCUCUCGGUGGGGCCUCCUGCCUGGUCUGAGCUGUUCGCCGUUCCCCAGCACGGUUUACACUGCGUGUGUAGCCCCCCAGCCUGCGGGACACUUAGCUCGUGGCUACUCUGAUGAACCUGAGUGUCAAGUGCAUGCGGUUGAGAGUAGGAGUAGAUCUCUGCCCUCUUAUUACAUACUGUAAUUUGAAAAGGAAACCGUGUAUAUAUCUACUGAUUUCCCCUGAGGUUGUGCUCAGCGCCCUCUUUGUCCAUGUACCAGCUUCAUUCUGUUAGGAUCUUGUUCGGUGUCCAUUCCUCCGGCGUACCAACAAUAAAGCAUUUGUGAAAAGCCCUCAGGCACCACCUCCUCCUUUCUGUCGAGCCGUGGGAUUUUCAUCUCUGUGUCCACAGCCGCAGAGGCGGCGGACGUGCCCCUGUGCGCAGCCUCUCGCGGCUCGUAACCAACCUGGAUCUUUUCUCCGUGACCCCUGGGCAUCUCUUGUGUUCUGCGAUGUUCUGAGUUUCCUUCUCUCUCCAGGAUCCGGUGGGGCAGGGAUGUGUCUGGGAGGGAAAUGGAUUUUCCACAUUAUUUGUGCUUCCCUUCCCCCCGAUUGUUCAUGCCGCCUGUAUAGAAACAUCUGAAAGUAAUAAACAUGGCUCUCUGGCUGUUAAUAACCCGG